AUGCACCUGUGCAAGACGACCGCCUCGGAUGAGGACGGCCUCAGUCAAGAGGCGAUCCAAGCAUCCUGCCCCGAAGCCUCCCUGACGCUCGUCGCGCGCGCCAUCAACAGCCUCCUGAGCCAAUACAAGCUCCAAGCGCUCCAGGCCCCGAACGGCGACCUGUUGUACCGCGCGCUGUCGCGGGAGGACCAGACGCGGUUCCGCGGCCUGACCAUCGAGGAGCAGUUGGUGUACCAGGUCAUCAAGGAGGUGGGCGACAAGGGCAUCUGGGCGCGCGACCUCCGCGCCAAGAGCAACCUGCCUCAGGCGACGGUCACGAAGAUCGUCACGUCGCUGCUCCAGCGCAAGCUCAUCAAGGAGGUGCGGUCCGUCGAGGCCGGGAAGCGCAAGGUGUUUAUGCUGUACGAGCUGCUGCCCGCCAAGGAGCUGACGGGCGGCGCGUGGUACACGGAACAGGAGCUCGACAGCGAAUUCAUCGAAGUUUUGCGCCAGGCGUCGCUCAAGCUCGUCACGAAGCGCGGGGAGGUCACGCUCGGGCAGGUGUCGGCUUUCAUCAAGGAGUCGAAUUUGUCGACGAUUGACCUGCGCGAGGCCGAGGUUCUCGACAUUCUGAACACGCAUAUUUACGACGGAGCGCUCGAGGAGGUCGAGGGCGGCGGGGAGGGCGGCGAGGUCGCGUUCCGGCUCGCGUCCGCCCGGCCCCUGGCCAGCACGGCCCUGGGGGGCGUCCCGUGCGGCGUGUGCCCGGUGUCCGCGCAGUGCAGCGACGUCGGCCCGAUCACGCCCGCGACGUGCGAGUACUACAACGAAUGGCUCGACUUCUGA